AUGUCUUCUGAAUUUCAAGAAGAAGAAGAAGAGCCACCAGAAAUCAAAUAUAUCGAUUCGGAGGAAUUUCAGAAUUUCAGCAUUCCAAAUGAUGAUGCAGAGAUUGUUUUCCGGUGGAUAGACUCGUUCGAGACAGAAGAGGAAAAAUGGCAUCGACUUCUAACAAAAUUCAUAACCCCACUGGCAGGUAGAAAUGGAUAUUGCUUCCGAAUCGUUGAAAAGUAUGCGAAAGCACUUCAUUACCAAGGAGCCGAAGCGGUUCAAACGAAAGGUGGCCUCCGAUUUCUAUCAAACGCUGCACCGAGAUCAGUCGGCACUUCUGGAAGUCUUCCGAUAAUUUUGAAGAAUUUUUCUGAAACAACGAGAGAAGUGAAUCUUGCUCAAUAUCUCGCUUCGGCUCUCUCCAUUAUUGGACAAGAUACAAAGGAAGGCCAUGUUAUUCAAAAAACCUUGUCACGAGAGCGUCUUGGCAGCGUCUACCUACUUCUUCAUGGAUAUCGACAAGGUCUAGAGAACCUCCUAGCUAAUUAUCGACUUUUAAGAAACUUCCGUUACGGAGCGAAGAAACGAAAGGAUUAUCUGACGGAUCAUGUCAGGAAUAUCUACUUAGAAAGAGAUUCAUUCACACAAGUACCCGAAGCCAGCAGUCUCGCUCUACAAAUGGUUCUAGAAGACUGGAAUUGUCCACUUCAAAACGAGAAAAUUGUUCAGCUAGCUCAUGCGAACACUUUUCAAAUGAGAUCUCUACAAGUGAAGGGAGAUGGUUUCUACUUUCUUAACGAGGCACUUGUCUGUGCUCUCGCUCUGAACUAUCCAGAUUCACAAGAGGAAAUGGAAGGAUUUGAUACGAUUUUCACUCCACAUUCUACGAAUCCACGCGGCAAACAGUUAUUCCAAUUUUGGCGGAUGAUUUCGAAAUAUGAACGGAGUAGAGCUGCAAAUCCACAAGGAUUUCUAGUUACAGCUCAGAGAUUAGAGGAGGAGUGUAAAUCAGACGACAUUGGAGCUGGUUGCGCGGUUAUGAUUGAGACGGCUUGCAAGAUUCGGAAACAGUGUGAUCAGCAACAUGAGGAAAUUGCAAAAGUGAUCAACGACACAGUUACCCGUCACCCAGCACUUGGUCCUCGUAUGAUGUAUCUAGCCGAGAAGUGUGAUGUUGGAUAUGAGAACGACGUGCUUCUACAACAAAUGUGUGAUCUUGAAUCUCGUAAAUGUCUUCAUCCCAGUGAGCCGACAUGGCUUCUUCAUGUAGAACGACUCAUUCAACACGUCGGACGAUUCGGAUCAGUAAGAAAAACGAUGGAGAAGUCAUUGAAAAUCAUGUUUGAAUUUCUUGAUUUCGAUUCAAAUCGUUUCAACGAGAAGGCGUGGCUUCUCAUGGAGAAAGUUCUGGAAUUAUCGGAUCCUUCGUUCGUGUUGCCGGAGUGGAGAAUCAGAUGUGAUUGGUGGCUGAGAUAUCAUCGAGCAAAAGGAGCAAGAGAUAAAAGGAAAAUGGGAGAAAAUGCGGAAAAGACGAAGAUAGAAGUUCUGAAAGCGUUGGAAGAUAUUGUAUUGUAA